UAAAAUCUCACAAUCAAAACGAAGUUGCGAAGCAAAAUGGGACGAGGUCACAUAGCGAUCCCGAGAUUCGGCAUCCGCCUCCGGUCGCCGCCACCGAGAGUGAACCACAUCUCCUCCAUGGUGAAGACUGCCACCCCCGAAGGCAAGAACAUAAGUUAUCCCCUCGGAGAUGAGGCCGAGGAUGGCGGUCCUGCCUAUUCCGGGAACAGGGUGAUGGUGGUGGUGGACUCGAGCCUCGACUCCGAGGGGGCUCUCGAGUGGGCCCUGACUCACACGGUCCAGAGCCACCAGGACUGCAUUGUUCUGCUUCAUGUCAUCAAGCCGUUCGAUAAAGAUGGGGCAGAGCAUAGUGGAAAGUUCAAUCUCAGGGCUCAUGAAGUUCUGCAUUCGAUGAGAAAUAUGUGCAGAUCGAGGAGACCUUCGGUGAAGGUGGAGGUGGCAACGGUGGAGGGGGAGAAGAAGGGGCAGGUGAUAGUCGAAGAGGCCAAGAGGCAGAGGGUGUCCCUGCUGGUCCUGGGCCAAAGGCGGCGGCCCGCAAUGUGGCAGCUGGUGCGGCGGUUGUGGACGAGAAAGAGGCAGCGCCGCCUCGGGAUGGUGGAGUACUGCAUACAGAACGCUAGCUGCAUGGCCAUUGCGAUGAGGAGGAAGAGUAGGAAGCUCGGCGGGUAUUUGAUCACCACGAAGCGCCACAAGAACUUCUGGCUCUUAGCUUAAUCAAUUAAUUUUAAUUAAUUCAAGUUCAAUUGCAAAUAUUCAUGACUUCAAUGUGGUUCAUUGAUAGUUCACCCGGCUCGUGUAGUUUGUCAAUUGAUGCAAGAAUAUAAAUUAGACCGUCUUUGUUUUUUUCUUGAGUCAUCGGUACCGUCCUCAACUCUUAAACGUUAUCCGCAUAACUUGAACAAAUGGGAGAUCUUGUAUGCGCUAAAUCAUUUAUUAAAUAUAAUUGUCAAUUUGAUGACAAGGGGGAGAAAAAGGAUCACAUUUGGAUUUUCUUACUAGGGUUGGUUUAUUG